CUUCAGCUCAGAUUGAUAUCCCGUCGAUCCCUGAGAUUCAAGUCAGAUUGGCCCAUCGAGAUCGUGGAGGAAGAACGAACCCACCCGUCAUGCCACCAAACAGGUGGCGCUUAAGCAGACCUGACCGACGUCACUAGCCGUCACGCAGACGCGCCCAUGUCACUUCCUUUCGCUCCAUGUGCUCCGUCUACCUCAAUUGUCCUUUGCACUUCAUUAUCAGCUGAAUGUCAAUUUCUUCACUCCAUCAGUGAUCUAAUCGCCUUUAUACGAUUCACUGCUCAAGUCAUACCGUCAUGGUCUCCACGCGACACCAUCCCACCGACUUUCCGUCCCCUGCGACUGCGAGAGCUUCGUCGCCCUCAAGACCUUCAACACCUUCUACGAGCUCCAAUGGCUCCACCAAGCGAUGGGUGCAUGUUCCAUCUGGUGCCAUCACCCUCUGGCUGAUCGUCUCCGUCCCGCUAGUUUUGUGGGAUGCCGGCUACGUGUUGCUGCGCCCUCACUCGAUGCCGGGUAACAAGCUACAUUCCCCGAUCUGGACCCCGUAUGCGCUUUAUGGAACCAUCGAUUAUAUGUACGGCUGGCCAGCAUUCAACGCGCGAAACGGUUUUACCGCGGCGCAAACUGUCCUGAACCUUGUCGAAACCGCCGGCUACAUCUACUACCUGGUGAUUGUGUAUACACACGGGGUGUCAGCGGGGAACACGGGUCGAGGGCAGCGCAAGACCAAGAAGGGGCUCUUGUGGAUGCUGAAAGAGUCCAAGGUGGUUUCUGGACGGACUGGAGCGACUGCGCUUCUGGUGGCAUACAGUGCUUGUAUCAUGACUCUUGGAAAGACGAUUCUAUACUGGCUGAACGAGGCGUUCUCUGGCUUCGACAACAUUGGUCACAACGACCCCUGGACUCUGUUCUUCCUUUGGAUCAUACCCAAUGCUCUCUGGAUCGUGUUCCCCGGCUACGGCGUGUAUAUUCUGGGCUCAGAGAUUUUGGCGUCACUUGAGAGUGCCGUUCCACGUCAGCGAACUGGACGACCCAAAUUGACGUAGGAUCGCCGGGCAGGAAGCUCGGGUUAAUGAUGGUUGCAUCCGGCUAGGCGGCACACGAGAGGGGAAGUCGCGUGCACCGCAUUAGCUCUCUUGAUAUAUUCGGGGUGGUUGGAUGAUUGGAUGAUAAUGAUAAUAGGCAGGCUGUGGGACAUGUCAAAGACUCUCACACGGGGGUUUGACAGCCUACCAGAACAUAGGACACUAAGAGCUUAGAUAGUACUACGGAGUAAACGUCAAUCUAGUAAGCACAAGUCAGC